AUGUCCAAGAAAUGUCCGAGAUCAGACGGAGAAGAAGGCUGGAGCUGUGACCGCCCCGAGUUGGUCUUUGGUGUAAGCUUUGGUCAGAGCAGAUGGAGCAGGGAGAGCAGAAGGAGCAGAAGGAACGGGGGGGGGCAGGAAGAGCAGAGGGAGCAGGGAGAGCAGAGGGAGCAGAAGGAGCAGAGGGAGCAGAAGGAGCAGAGGGAGCAGGGAGAGCAGAGGGAGCAGAAGGAGCAGAGGGAGCAGAAGGAGCAGAGGGAGCAGGGAGAGCAGAGGGAGCAGAAGGAGCGGAAGGAGCAAAUUUGGGGGUAA